AUGUCGUCUCAGCCGAGAAAACGAGGCUCGGCCGGCAGCCCCCCAAAGGGCGAUGACGGCUCCCCGUACCUCCAGUGCCAUUCUUCGAGCUCAAGCUCGAGCUUGAGCUCUGACUCCCGCGAUGGACCCCCUACGAAUCCCGCUAUUGUUCACCCUGGCCCGGCUCCCCCAGGUUACCACCGCGUCAAGGGCAACCUCAUCCCGGACAAAGGCGAGAACUGGCUGCCUCCUGCCCGCGAGCCGAAGGACGUCCCCGAAGACGUGCUCAACAAGGCCCAGGCACUAUCUCUGAAGCGCGAAACUCGCGGCAGGUUCAUUGACAGCCGCUCUACGACUCCCAAGUACACACUGGCUCAGCGCAAGGCCUAUAACAAAUCCGGAAGGGAGGUCGAAGUGGUGAUGAAUGCGCUCCCCAUUAUCAAAUUCCCUACGAAGCCAAUAUUUCAGUACGAGGUCAACGCCUUGCUCGGAAAAUGGAAGGCCUCUGCCGGUGCGAAUGACCCGCCUGAGAUGGGCCAGUAUAUGGAAAAGGAUGAGGAGGUUCUGCGCAAGGUCUUCUAUCGUUCCCAGGCUCGAAAGGAAAGACUCCCAGAUGCGAUCUAUGAUGGCAAGCACAUUGCUUGGUCUCUUACCGGCUUGGAUACUCAGCUCCGGGACAAGUUCGAAUUUCCUUCUGGUUGGAAGCGACCUGUCGGCAGCCGUGGAGAUGUUUAUGGACAGGAUAUCUGCCUGAUCAUGAGCGUCCGCCGCAAGAUCUUCCUUGGCACCAUCAAUGAGUGGCUCGAAAAGAAGCGCCCAUUUGAUGAACGAGUCAUGGAGUCUCUGAACUUCCUCGAUCAUCUCAUCCGGGACUAUCCUGCGCAGCAGUUCGUCGCCCUGAAGCGAUCUUACUUCUUCGACAAGUUUGAUUCGCACCCGGACCCGGAAUUGCGGAAAUUCGCCAACGAGUCUUACUGGCCGCUUCUGCGAAGUGGUGCUACUUGCUAUCGCGGUGUCUUCCAGACGAUCAAGCCGUCUCCGCAUGGUCUGUUUUUAAACGUGGAUAUCUCUCACGGUGUCUUCUACUCGCGAAACUCUCUCUUGUAUCUCCUGCAAUGCUACCUCAAGAAGCAAAAUCCGAAGCAAGUGCCGGAGCUUUUCGAAUGCCAGUGGGUUGAUGGAGCCAGAACGGAGACUUGGCAAUUCACCUAUUAUAGCAAGGCUCUGAAAGGCCUUCGCGUUCGUCCCGAUUUUGAGGGUUACCCGGAGAACCUGGCCAAGAGAACCUUUGCCAUUGCCCAUCUCAUCAACGGCGACUCGAACGAGUUUGUCAUCCCUGUCGAGGACAAGGCCACGGGCAAGAUCAACAAGAUGAGCCUCAACGAGUACUACAAGACCAAGUACAACUACACGAUCGAGUUUCCCAAAACCGCUCUGGUUCAAACGACCCGGCCGAAUGUUGUCUUCCCCAUGGAAAUCUUGGUGAUUCAUGGCCUUCAGCGUUGGCCUCACAAGCUGGACGAAGCGGCCACUGCAGACAUGAUAAAGUACACUGCUGUGAAACCCGCUGGACGCUUGUCGGCCAUAGAGAAGUGCAACAAGAUCCUCAAUCAUGAGCAUGAUCCCAACCUCAUUGCAUAUGGGAUGAAGAUCGGCAGCAAUAUGCUCAAGACAAAGGCUCGUUUGCUACCAAAUCCAGAGAUCCAAUUUGGAAACGUGAAGCACAACCCAGGCACUACCGGACGGUGGGAUCUUCGUGGGAAAAAGUGGCUCAAGCCAAACACCAAACCUCUUCAAAGCUGGGGAAUUGGAUACAUUGUGAACCACCGAUAUUCUAUUGACAAAAGUCAGAUUGAGGCCUGGCAGGAUCAAUUCGAGAAGUUGUUCAAGAUGCAUGGAGGAGCCUUCGCGAACCGCGCCCGAGCAAUUGAGAUGCGUGAAAAUAUUGGCGAUGGCGUGAAGAACCUGUAUGACCUGACACGUACAACUCAUAAAGCUAUUCCCCAGCUGCUGGUGGUGAUUGUUCCCGAGAAACACAACUUCAGCUACCUCCGGAUCAAGAAGUCUUGCGACUGUCGCUUUGGUGUCCCUUCACAGGUCCUCCAAUCGCGCCGCUGCAUCGAAAACCGGCCACAGUAUACCUCCAACGUGCUCAUGAAGGUCAAUGCCAAACUGGGUGGCGUGACCAACCGGGCGAUCCCCAGGACCCCCGGCUCGACAUUGCGUCCCCAGUCGAUCAUCAUCGGAGCCGAUGUGACGCACGCAAAGAGAGGUGUGGACACGCCUUCUCUGGCCGCCAUGUGUGUGUCGAACGAUCCGCAGGGUGUCAGCUACAUGGGCGGAUGCCAAACCAACGGGGAAUGGCAGAAGGAGAUUAUCACCAGGCAAAAUAUCCACGGGAUUCUCCGCCCUCUGCUGCUGGAAUGGAACGCAACUCUGGGUAAAGGAGGAAAGCCUCCCAAGCACAUCUACUAUUUCCGCGACGGUGUGUCUGAAUCCGAGUUUAACGAGAUCUUGCACAAGGAAGUCCCUGCAAUCAAGCAAGUUGCAGCUGAGUGCAUGAAGGUCAGCACCUGGCCGGGCAAAAUGACUGUUGUCGUUGCUAACAAGCGCCACCACCUCCGGGGUUUCCCCAAGACUGGUGACAAGAUGUGCGGUGAUGCUCGAGGAAACCCUCUUCCCGGUUUGCUGAUCGACCGCGACGUUACUGGCCCCCAUGGCUGGGAUUUCUUGCUGUACUCCCACACUGCACUUCAGGGAACAUCCCGUCCAGUUCAUUACACUGUCCUCGUUGAUGAGAUUGGCCACAAGCCCGAGGAGCUCGAGAAUAUGAUCUACGAGCACUGUUACCAAUAUGUACGGUCGACCACUCCGGUGUCCAUUCACCCGUCGAUCUACUAUGCGCAUCUGAUCACUGCCCGAGCUCGUCAUCACGAGAAUGUCCCCAUCGGUAUUGGUCCUCGUCACGGUGCCAUGGUCCGAGAGAAGCGCGAGCUCAAGCUGCCCCGGUUCAAAGAGGCCAUUGAGACCCGCCGUACAGCCUUUGAACACCAACUGGAACUUGGAAAGGGACAUACUGAGCACAAGCUCGGUGACCCUGUCCCGGAAAGGGUUACGGACGCCAUUCUGAACCGUUGGGGUCAUUCUGCGAACAAGGGCGGUGAAGGUGCUGUGAUCCGGACUAAGUUUGAUUCCAAAACCAGGGAAGAUCUCAAAGCCAAGGCCAGCUCCACAACUAGCGACGAUGGGAAGUCUACGACAGAGUCCCAGGCGACGGCUGAUUCGAAUAACCCCCCGCACACGGGUCUUCCCCAAGACUCCAAGGUCCCCAUGGAUGCCACCCGCCUGGUUCCAAUUGAAGGAAAUAUCAACCGUCUUCCAUACAAGAUGUGGUGGAUCUAA